UUGAAAAGGACGUCGGACAGCGUAGACUGAACACGCCUAGCUGGGGCGUAUUCAUUACGCCGAUUCUUUUGCAAAACGUUUCUCAGACGGAAGCGAACGGGACGAAACAGGGAGGGAUCUAUCUGCAUUUGUCCAAUAGAAACUCGUUUUAGUUGCAAAACGUAAUGUUUUUCAACUGUUUUGCUAAUGAUUACACCCCUAGAAUGUAUUCAUUACGCAAACUUUUUACCGUUUAACAACCAAAAGGAACAGGGCGGGACCUACCUGAAUGUGCCCAGUAAACUAUCGGUUCCCGUUUGGAGUUGUCGGGUUCGCAACAGAUUUUGCGUAAUGAUUACACCCAUGGUAUUUGGUUGAGCAGUGCCGUAGCUAGCUACCCAGCCAAUGUUAUUAAGUUAGCUAUAUUUCCGUCGCCAACAAACUUUUAAUCGAGAAGAGGGGAAAGCAGAACAUGCCAAUGUUAAUAUAUACGUUUUCCAGUCGCUAGCUGGCUGAUUUCUGCCUCCCAUUUGGCUAAUUUAGCAAUACGUAGUUAGCUAGUCACCUAGUAUCGCGUGCCAAACUAUUCAAGGCUAGCUAGCGCCACAAACAAAGGCUUCUGCUCAACACCUGCCACAUACUUGUAUCAAGACGCUCGUGUCUUAAUCAACUGUGUCCGUGAACAAAGCUGCAUAAAUGGAUUUACAAACGGCGGUGUUCAAUGCAGCCAGAGAUGGCAAGCUACGGUUGCUUCAGAAACUUUUGGAGAACAAAACUGGCGUUGAGGUUACCAAAUUAAUGGCAGAGAAAAUCAACGGUGGGACCUCUUUGCUUAUGGCUGCAAGAUACGGACACCUGGAUUUAGUGGAAUAUCUUUUGGAGUGUUGCUGCGCACCCGUUGAGGUUGGGGGGUCAGUGAAUUUUGAUGGAGAGACUAUCGAAGGUGCCCCCCCUCUAUGGGCUGCCUCAGCAGCAGGACACCUGAAAGUAGUGCAAUCUUUACUUGGCCACGGUGCCUCUGUGAACAAUACAACACUCACCAAUUCCACCCCCCUGAGAGCAGCUUGCUUCGACGGGCAUCUGGACAUUGUCAAAUACCUGGUAGAGCACAAGGCAGACCUGGAAGUAGCAAACAGACAUGGUCACACAUGCCUCAUGAUCUCGUGUUACAAAGGACACAAGGAAAUUGCCCAGUAUCUAUUGGAGAAAGACGCUGAUGUUAACAGGAAAAGUGUUAAAGACAGUCUUGAGGUAAAUCCUCCAUUUGGACAUCUAAUCAGGUCAACUAACAAGCUGGAGGAAUUUGUGUUUAAACCAAUUAGGGGACGUGAUGCCACCCAGGCCUGUUAUAAAUGUAACACAGCAUUACAUGACUGUGCUGAAUCUGGUAGCUUGGAGAUAAUGAAGAUGCUGCUAAAAUAUGGUGCCACCAUGGAGAAGGAUGGUUAUGGAAUGACCCCACUGCUGUCUGCUAGUGUGACUGGCCACACUAACAUUGUUGACUAUCUGACACAACACCAGCAAACAAACCACAUGGAGAGGAUAAAUGCCCUCGAACUGCUUGGUGCUACUUUUGUGGACAAAAAGAGGGAUCUUCUUGGGGCAUUAAAGUACUGGAAGAGGGCCAUGGACCUGAGAUACAGUGACAGCAAAACAUUUCUUAACAAAGCAGAGCCAAAGCAGUUGAUCAUGGCCUAUGACUAUGCCAGGGAAGUAAGUAAUGGGGAGGAGCUAGACAGCCUGAUCUCAGACCCAGAUGAGAUGAGGAUGCAGGCCCUGCUCAUUAGAGAGCGCAUCCUGGGCCCCUCCCACCCCGACACCUCUUACUACAUCCGCUACCGGGGAGCUGUAUACGCUGACUCUGGGAAUUUUGAGCGCUGCAUUAACCUUUGGAAGUAUGCCCUUGACAUGCAGCAGAGCAACUUGGACCCCCUCAGCCCCAUGACAGCCAGCAGCCUGCUGUCCUUCGCUGAGCUAUUCUCCUUCAUGCUCCAGGACCGUGCUAAAGGCCUUCUGGGCACUUCGGUCUCCUUCAACGACCUCAUGGGCAUCCUCAGUAAGAGCGUGCUGGAGAUUGAACGUGCGGUGAAACAAACCCAGCCUGACCUGGCUCAGCUCAGCAAGGCCCUCUCCAUCAUCCUGCAUCUCAUCUGCCUGCUGGAGAAGGUCCCCUGUACCGUGGAGCAGGACCAUUUCAAGAAGGAGACCAUCUACAAGUUCCUCAAGCUGCAGCCCUGCGGGAAGAAUGGCUACAGCCCGCUCCACCUGGCCGUGGACAGGAACACCACCUGCGUGGGCCGCUAUCCUGUCUGUAAGUUCCCCUCUUUCCAGGUCACCUCUAUCCUACUGGAGUGUGGGGCGGACGUCAACUGCCGCGACGAGGACAACAACAGCCCUUUGCAUGUGGCCGCCUCCAACAACCACCCGGACAUCAUGAACCUGCUGAUCGCCUGCGGAACUCACUUUGACAGCACCAACUCCCUGAAGCAGACAGCCUGCGACCUGCUGGACGAGAAGGAGAUGGCCAAGAAUCUGAUCCAGCCCAUCAACCACACCACCCUGCAGUGUCUGGCUGCGCGGGCUAUCAUCAAGCACAGCCUCUGCUACAGAGGCAACAUCCCAGAGAAGCUAGAGGCCUUUGUGCUUCUCCACAGAUAAUGACUAUUAAAGACAUGUGUGCCACCAUUCUCCUCACCCCAUGUGCACUCUUUUUGAUUUUAUUGAAGUCCAUGAUGAACAUUGUGUGAACCCCCCAUACCCCCCCUGCGAAGCCAGAAUUAAAAAGCAACUGCCCCUAAAAAGCAACUUCUUGUUUUGAAAACAGCCUAUGUGGCAUCGAUAUGAGUCAAACAUUUAUUGUAGUGUCAAAAUUGACUACAAAGUGUAAAUAGGAUAAUUUUGGUCAACGUCUGUCUCGUCCAAAACUGAGAUUUGCGAGAUGAUAGGAAAAAAUAGUAUGUCACAGAAUGAGGAGUACACUAACAUUUUUUCUUCGGGUUGGGUUUAUUUCAAUCCUGCCCACAGCUGGCAGCAACCAAGUAAUCAUCAAUUUGGAGCAGAGCUGCACGCAACCAUAGUAAUUCCCAUGGCCAAUUUGGUUUGACAUUAGAUAUUUCUAUGGGGCUAGUUAGGGACCAUCAGCAAAUUACACACUGUACAUGGCUGAAAAAAUAGGGCAAAUCAGGAAGUGCAGCCCCCAUUUAUAGCUCUGUGGCAAACUGAUGGAGAUUUUUUAAAUAUGCGCAUGCACAAUAUUUUUAGCUUACUAAUUUCUACAUUUUCCAUGCUAUUUAUUAAGAUAUCAUUGAGAGAUUUCUCCAUGCCCCCAUCUCUUUGUUUCUUUCUAUCUAUGCAAAGAUGGUGGAAUGCUGGGACUUUUUUUUCCAUUACUAUGUUGCCAAUAUAUGGACUCUUAACUUUAAUCAUACAUUCAUUAUGCUCUCAUUCAAUGGUUCUGUUGUCAUGGUUUUGUAUCGGCGCAGUUGAGUGUAAUGGAAUUAACUAAUUUCUCUAUUAAAACCAUGAAGCUUUAUGAAGUGGUAAUGUUUGCAAAUACCGUAAGUGCUUUAUUCCUCCUAUGCACAGGCUAUGAUAUGCGACUGUUCUGUUUAGCACUUGUCUGUGCAAUAUUUUGCAUUAUAUGUGGUGACUGCCUGUUCCUUUGUUUCCAUCAUUUGUUACACUAAGCAAAGAGGGAUGUGACAAUUGCUGAAUGCUGUUUGAUUUUUAGUGUUGCGUGGUUUCAGGUGUUAACCGUAAAAGGUAAUUGUGUGCAGAUUUUGAGUAGGAGUGUAUGCAACCCUUAUGCUUCAUGUUAUUGACCUUUUGAACCUGAUUUGUUCUAUGGUGAGCUGAGCACAAAAACAAUAGACAUAGGUUAGUUGGAUACUAGUAUGGCCGUGCAUGUAGUUUGAGGUUACAGGAAAUUCAUUGACAUCUGAGCUUUGUACGGCAUAUCAAUUAUCGUAUAAACGCUUCAGAGCUCUGACUAACCCAAACGUGAAACCUUUAUAUUUGUCCAAUUGUAUUCUAAUUGAAAAGAGGGGAGGCCUUGUACAGUGGGGCUGAGCUUUGUGAAAUAACCUUGCACAUUAGCUUUAUUCAUGUGGUUAAAGGGCUUUUCAUAUUUUUAGAAAUACAUUUCGCUAAGGACCGAACCAUGCAAAUGUACAGUUCCACCAGGGAACUUGCUUUAAUUCUGCACUUUAUUACAACAGACUUUAAGACUUCAUAUGACAAAGUGACAUAUAUCAAGUUAAUAUUUUAAGAACCAAUUUGACAAUAAACCCGUAUUGCACUUGU